AUAUUCCAUUUUGCAUCUGCAAGCCCGAGAAGAGGAGGGGCUGCAUCGUCUUCACCUCAAACUAGGAAUAGAAGAUACAGCUACUUUUUUUCCUUUUCUUCUUUCACAUCAUUCCAUUUCUUCAAAUUAACCAAACACAGCUCAAGAUGGAGAGCGCUUCAGAGCUGGUCCCUUUCCCAUUACUUCAAACUCCUAUCGAAGCCAACUACAGGGCGUGCACCAUUCCCUACAGAUUUCCAUCUGACAAUCCCAGAAAAGCAACCCCUACUGAGAUUGCUUGGGUCGACCUCUUUCUCAAUUCCAUCCCUUCUUUCAAGCAACGAGCUGAGACUGAUCCUACUGUCACUGAUGCUCCUUUUAGAGCUCAAAAAUUUGCUGAAAGGUACGCUGAGAUACUUGAGGACUUCAAGAAGGAUCCAGAGAGUCAUGGCGGCCCACCUGAUUGCAUUCUUCUUUGCCGAAUUCGUGAGCAAAUCCUUAGAGAACUGGGAUUCAGAGACAUAUUCAAAAAAGUCAAGGAUGAAGAGAAUGCAAAAGCUAUAUCCUUAUUUGGGGAUGUAGUUUCUCUUAAUGAUGCAAUAGGUGAUGGAGGGAAGCGCCUAGAGAAUCUGGUUAGAGGAAUAUUUGCAGGAAAUAUUUUCGAUCUUGGUUCAGCACAGCUUGCUGAGGUUUUCUCAAGGGAUGGUAUGUCCUUUCUAGCUAGUUGUCAAAAUCUUGUCCCCCGACCUUGGGUUAUUGAUGAUUUGGAAACUUUUAAAGUGAAAUGGAGCAAAAAACCUUGGAAGAAGGCUGUCAUUUUUGUCGAUAAUUCUGGUGCUGAUAUAAUUUUGGGCAUUUUACCAUUUGCAAGGGAGCUACUCCGUCUUGGAACUCAGGUUGUGUUGGCUGCUAAUGAUUUACCAUCAAUUAAUGAUGUAACUUAUGCUGAACUGAUUGACGUCAUUGCAAAGGUGACAGAGAUGAACUUUAACAAUGUAGAUUGUUUUAGAUUCUUGGUUGAGUCUGACAUAGUACCCAAUUUCCAGUUGAAGGAUGAGAAUGGGAAGCUCAUGGGUGUUGACACUACAAAUCUUUUCGUUGCCAACUCUGGCAAUGAUUUGCCGGUUAUUGAUCUUACAAGAGUAUCACAAGAGCUUGCCUACCUAGCGAGUGAUGCAGACCUAGUUAUCUUGGAAGGCAUGGGUCGUGGAAUUGAAACAAAUCUCUAUGCUCAAUUUAAAUGUGAUUCCCUGAAGAUUGGAAUGGUGAAGCAUCCUGAGGUUGCCCAGUUUCUUGGAGGACGACUCUAUGAUUGUGUCUUCAAAUACAAUGAAGUUACGAGUUAACAUCGAUUCUUUUCUUCUACUCACAGUUCAUUCCGUGUUGGACAUUUUAUACACACAGCAUUAGGUCAUAGCACCAAGAAACUUAAACCUAUGAAGGCCUUUUAACCAAUAAUCAAAUCUGAAAGUUCUUCCUAGGCACCGUCAAUAUUUUAUGCACUUGUUAGGUUGGGUGCUUUGUAUCUUCCUCAUGAAAUUCUAUUACAAAGCUAUUAUUAUUCUGAAAUUUAAACUUAGAAAAAGUUUGUGUU